UUUUUUUUUUUUCAUCUAGAUUUUUUUAUAUGAACUAAUGGGUUUUCACAAUACUGAAGAGGCGAUAUUUACUCAGCCGCUUGAUGUUUCCACUUAUAAUACUUCUUUGAAGACAGAAACUUCGACAACAAUAACUAAACCAUCAAAUGUAACUUCGACAAAAUGUUCGACAAGUUCCAAAAAAAAUUUUACAAAUGGGCUAACAAAUAAUCAUAUUCUUAGACAUUCAUUUCGAACGCCUGAUGCUAUUAAAACACCUUCAAAUACACCACCUACUUUUUUUAAAAAUAAUAACUCUGUUAAAGUAGAAUGUCAAGUGCGAGCACGUAUUCCGACUUCUACUGGAGAAUUUUUUCUCCACCUUUAUAGAAAUAAUCGAGACAAUAAAGAACAUUUAGCAGUUGUAUAUGGUGAUAAUAUUCGAAGCAAUAGUUUAGAUGCUUCUCGACCAGAAGAAAAUGAAAUGGAUAGAAUUAUAAGGGGAGCAUAUAAGGGUAGGUUAAAACCUGGUCAAAUAAAAUCAGAUAUUAGUGAUGGUGAUGAUCCCAAUAUAUCAUCAAUACAGUUACCACCACCUUUAGUCAGAAUUCAUUCCGAAUGCUUUACUGGAGAAACGGUUCAUAGCGCAAGAUGCGAUUGUGGUGAACAAUUAGAUGAAGCUAUGCGACUAAUUCAGUUGGAAGGUCAUGGAGUAGUUAUAUACUUGAGGCAGGAAGGUAGAGGAAUCGGUCUCGCAGAUAAAUUGAGAGCAUAUAAUUUACAGGAUUUAGGAUAUGAUACAGUAACGGCUAAUCUUUUUUUGAAACAUCCUCCUGAUCUUCGUAAUUAUGAUGUUGCAACAAAAAUUCUAGAUGAUCUUAACUUAUCUACCAUUCGAUUAUUAACAAACAAUCCUGACAAAAUUGAACAAAUCGAGGAAGCUGGAAUUAAAGUUAUUGAACGCGUUCCAAUGAUUCCUAUAACAUGGCAAAACAAUCUUGACUCAAAUCGCAUUGGAAAAGAGGUAGACCAAUAUCUAAAGGUAAAGGUAGAAAGGAUGGGACAUUUAUUAAGUAUACCGGAGACAUUACUACACAUUGACAAUAUUUGAUUUCCUUCCUAAUUUAUAGACUAGUUUAUUUAUUAUAAAUUAGAAAAUAACUUUUUUUUUCAGAUUAGAUUUAAAUUAAUUAUUUUUUUUUUUCCUCUCUUUUACUAAAUUUAAUAUAUACAAUCGUUGCAUAAUUCUAUUUAAUUCCAUUUUUUUUAAUAUAUAUAUAUAAAUAAAAAAAAAAAAUAUUUAUGAUCAUCUAAGCUCCU